AGCCUGCUCUGACAAACUAGCAUAAUUUGGGUCUGCUCUUUCUGCGCAUGAGUUUCCCGCUGCCUUGAGCACUCUCUAUCCCAGCCAUUCCUCCUCUUCACACCUGGUUCUCUCAGCAGGAGGGUCGGUCAUUCGAAUUCGAAUGUCCCCCUCGCUCGUCUCCAGGUCCUUUCCCCGCCAUUCUCUCCCCCGCCUUCGCGCACACCGGAUUUCUCCAAUUCACCUCCGACUCGCCGCGUCUAUUUACCCUGCUACCUCCCAGAGAGAAUUCGGUUUCAUCACGCCGCGUUGUGUCACACCCGCUACUGGCCCUACGACGCCUGCCAGGGCUUCCCUAAACCUUCAUCCUCACCUUCCACGUCAUACCGCUGAGCUACCCUCAGCGCGUGCACCUCUCCAACGACCGACACGUGGCACGCUGCCAUUCGCCUCGGCAACCUCAAUGGAGACAGCCCCUACUAGUAAGCUCGAUGCUCCUUACUCCGCACCGGCCUUGGCAGCACGAAUCGCGGUGGUAGGCGCGGGAAUCUCGGGGCUCGUCGCCGCGUCGAUCCUUGCGGAGCGCGGCGCACACGUGGCGGUCUUUGAUUUGGGGAGGGGUCCUGGCGGCCGCAUGUCGCAGCGCAGGGAGAAAAUCACUGUUUCGCCACUUGCCGAUGCUUCCGAGGCAGCCGACCUGCCGAGCCUAGAGGUCAGAUUCGAUCACGGCGCGCAGUGCUUCACUGUCAGCGACCCGAACGUGCUGUCGUUCCUGGAGCGGCGGUUCGGGGGAACGGGAGCGCUUGCGGAAUGGAAGGGGCGGUUCGGAGGGUGGGACGCGGAGAAGGGGGAGUUUAUACCAGAGGCGGGGGAGGACGCGGGGACAGCACCAGGGGAAGGAAGAGCGCAAGGAGAUCAAGGAGGUGGAGAAUUAGGGUUUAAGAGGCGGUGGGUGGGAGUGCCUGGGAUGAACGCCCUCUGCCAGGCGCUGCUUCUCCCGCCACCCGCGGCUUCCGCCUCCUCCAAUGACACCGAGAUGAUCAACGCUAGAUUCGGCGUCCAGGUGGCACGUGCAGAUUGGCUAGAGCGCACGGACCCUGCUGGAAUUUCUGAGUCAACUGAGGGCACCUCCCUCCGUCCCUCCUGGGAGCUUUUCUCGUCUUCCGGGGAAUCCUUGGGACUUUUCCAUGGCCUGGUUAUUGCAGCAGCUUACCGAACCAUGCCUGUCCUCCUGCCAGACCUGCCGAGACUAGCACAGGUUCGGCAGGGCCUGGCGGAGGUCCGGGCAUCGCCCAGGUUCGCGAUGAUGCUGGCGUUCGCCGAGCCUCUUGGCCACGUGGCGUUUGAUGGCGUGGAUGUGGUGGGGAAUGACGUGGUGGGGUGGAUAGGCAGGGACAGCAGCAAGCCAGGCAGGGCGAGGAAAGUGGGAGAGUCGGAUACAGGGGUCCAGAGCAGAGGAGAAGAAGUUUUGUGUAAGGAAGAGAGCAGAGAAGAGGGACUGUCUCCUGAGUGCUGGGUGGUUCACUCCACUGCAGCCUACGCCUCCUCCCUCCUCGCCUCUGCUCCCCCCGGCCGCCCCUCCCCUGACCUCUUAGCCCGUGUGGCAGCUGACAUGUGGGGCGCUGUGAAGCCUAUUCUGGCCAGGCGCGGUGGGAGGGGGGAUGGUGAGAGUGUGGGGAGAGGGGGAAAUGCAGGAGGGAUGGGAGGGGAGGAGGGGGAAGAGAGUGUAGAGCCGAUUCUGAAGAAGGUGCACCGGUGGGGAGGGGCGUUUCCUGUGGCGGGGGUGGCGGCAGGGGGGGCUAAGAGCCUGUGGAGCGAGGAGGGCAGGGUGGCGGCGUGUGGGGACUACUGUGUGGGGGGCCCAGCAGGAGGGUUGGUGGAGGGGGCUGUGGCUAGCGGUAUGGAGGCAGGGCAAAAGCUGGCAGAUGCUCUUAGACUGGGAAGAAGUGCGCUGUGAGGGCGAAGUAUAUGCAGGGGCAAGCACAUGUGUGAGAGGCUGGCCAGGAGCUGUCGAGAGGGAUGAUGCAAGAGCAGGGACAUGGCAUGUGAACAAAAACGUUGUGGGACGGCGGAGAUUGCCGAGUACCUGCCAGGAAGGCGGGGAGAGAGAGAUGGUUGGAUGCGUCUGGACGAAAAGGUUGGCCUUGAAUGGCAUGCUACCAUAUUUCAUUUUGGGUUCUUAUUGCUGGUCUGAGGAGGUUUCCUUUGGCAACAAUGUCUGUAUUGUACUGGCCCUUGAACAGUGAUAGCUUACACUGUCAGAUGAUGGCAACAACACUCAUAUGAUACCUAUCUCCCUCUCCUCUAACGCCAAUAGAUGUAACAUACUGAU